AUGGAGUUCAAUUUCGAUUUUGAUGAGGACGAUCCGCUUGUACAGGCACAGGUUAAGCAACGAAAAACACUCUCGCAAAAAACAGUUGUAAAUUACAUUCCAAAGCAUGAUUAUGCAGAAUGGUUUCAUGCUCCGAAUCCCACUCCUCCGUCCGUUCUUUUACAAACAAAACACGGCGCAAACCAUCUAAAAUACUCGAUUGAAUAUCAUUACGCUCACGGAAACUAUACAAAAGCGUUAGAAGUAUCGCUCGAGUUUAUAAACUUUGUAAAACAUAGCUCGGAAAACGUAAGAAACCUACAUGGAACGAGAGAUUUGUAUGAGACAGCGGCAAGAAGUGCUGUUAGAUUGGGUGAAUAUGAGCAAGCGGUCGGAUUUGUUAACGAAAUUGACAGCGAAGAGCCUGGCCAUUUUCAACUCAAGGCAAUGGUUUAUUUCAAAGCUAAACGAUACGUAGCUUACUUAUCCUUAACUACUCCAUCGAUAGCCGCGAUAAAGAAUAACAUAUCCUAUCUCGACCUUCGAAAAAACGAUUUCAGCGCAUGGAAGAAUAUCGGGCACUGUCUCGUUGCUCUGCUUUCUCCACAGCAAUGUGAUGCAUUCUCCGGCGAUCUACCAUCCAUCACCAUCACCAUAUCCACUCUAGCACUUCACUCGUUUCGCAAAUCAUUUACUAUCCUGACAUCUUCGCUAUGGCCUAAUGUUGAUAUCGUACGUAGUAGGUACGAGAGGGAAAAGCGAGAAUUAGAGGAAAUGAUUGAAACGUUGGAAAAAUUAGAAUUAUGUGAUGGCAAACCAGAGGAGAUGACGGAAGAUAUGGAAAAAUUGGAAGGAAUAAAAUUGAAAAAGAAGGGAGAGGAUUUUUUGGAAAUAAACAUGAAUCGUCUUAAAGACGAUGGAGAUGAGAAUGGCUUUAUGAAGGAAAAUUUAAUAAAGCAGGACGUUUCUGAAUUUCAGGAAGCCUUGGAAGAGAUAGGAGAAUGGAUUCUAAGAGAAUGUAGCGGAACGACUGCCUAA